UUGACCUUAAACGCCGCCUUUAAUUAGGAAGUCUCUAGGUGAGUUAGAGAGUCUCUUUCGUUCAUCGGCCGGAGCUCUAUAUCUGCUUCAACUUUACCGGCGACUUUGAUCGGAGAUUCUCACUCUCAGAAGAAGCAGAUCAAAUUGAGAGAAACAUGGGAAUACAGAUUAUAGGUCAAAUUGAGAGAAUCAAUGGUAAAGAGCUGAGUUACGGCGAUUUUGCAGAGAGAUACUUAGCUAAGAACCAGCCAGUGGUAAUAUCCGAUCUCACUGAAGAUUGGCGAGCUCGGGAAGAUUGGGUCAGUGAGAAUGGAAACCCUAAUCUCCACGUAUUUGCCACUCACUUUGGAAAAUCCAGAGUUCAGGUUGCAGAUUGUGAUACGAGAGAAUUUACAGAUCAGAAAAGAUUAGAAAUGUCUGUUACUGAAUUUGUGGAGCAAUGGACUAAUAAGGAUUCUAUUGAGGAAUCUGUUUUGUAUCUGAAAGAUUGGCACUUUGUGAAGGAGUAUCCAGACUAUACAGCUUACCAAACACCGCCGUUGUUUUCUGAUGAUUGGCUUAACGUGUAUCUAGACAAUUACCAAAUGCAUGAGGAUAGAGAUAGUUUCCAGAAGUAUGAUCAAAUAAGCUGCUCUGAUUAUCGGUUUGUUUAUAUGGGUGGGAAAGGAUCUUGGACACCUCUACAUGCUGAUGUAUUUAGAUCUUAUAGUUGGUCAGCUAAUGUCUGUGGUAAAAAAAGAUGGCUUUUCCUUCCUCCUCCUCAAAGUCAUCUUGUUUAUGACAGGUACAUGAAAAAUUGCGUUUAUGACAUUUUUGAAGAGGUGAAUGAAACUAAAUUCCCUGGUUUUAAGAAGACCACCUGGCUUGAGUGCAUUCAAGAACCCGGUGAAAUUAUCUUUGUUCCCAGUGGAUGGCAUCAUCAAGUAUAUAACUUGGAAGACACAAUAUCUAUUAACCACAAUUGGCUCAACGCAUACAACCUAUCUUGGGUGUGGGAUCUACUGUGGAAGGACUACAAGGACACUGAAGAGUCAAUAGAAGACAUAAGAGACAUAUGUGAUGAUUUUGAAGCUAUCUGCCAACGUAAUCUUGCUGCCAACACAGGAAUGAAUUUAAAUGAUUUCUUCCUCUUCAUGUCACGGUUCUCUUUGGGGAACAUGGUUCUACUGCAAUCUUACUCUGACAAACACAAAAACCUGAAUUCGUGUUCAUUAGCAAUGGCCCAAAACCUGUUAAUGAAUCUCUCAACUAUACUGAAAGUCAUGAUGAAGAUGAUAUCUGCAGGCGGUGUAACUGCAGAGGAAGUGUAUCUGGACUUGCGAGAAACACUGGAGGAUCCACAGUUUCUCAGAUUUGUCAGAGACAUGGGAAGAACUUAUGCAAGGAUUCACAUGGAGGAAGAGGAUCAGUUUCUUUCUUCGAAAGAAUUAUUACAAAAGCUCAGUGGUCUUGCAGGUCCAAAUAUGCAAAUAUGUUCUCCAAAGGAUCUUGUUGAAAUGAUAAACCAUCACAAUACUUUUUCCUCCCAAAUCUAUUUUAUUUAGAUGUAAAUGAAAUAAUUAAUAAAAAAUCUAUUUUAUUUAGUAAACUUUUAAAAACUACUGUAUGCUAUGUUAAGAAUAAAUAUCCUAAACCAA